AUGACAGCUCGUUCUUCAUUUAAUAAGUUUUACGAUAGCCGAGUGUUCAGAAUCGUCAGAACGCAAUGGCUACUGUUUGGGUUCAGCCUUGCAAUGAUACUGGGAAGGUUCUUUCCCAACUUUGCUAGCUAUGGCGGUACAAUUCGGUCAGAAUAUAGUAUUGGGUAUGGUGCUGUUGCAUUUAUUUUCUUCUCAAGUGGACUCUCGAUUUCCACAAGGAAGUUGAUAGCCGCCAUAUACAAUUGGAGAGCCCAUUUUGAAUCGCUGUUUAUGAGUUUCUUGGUCACUAGCGCAAUUGUAUAUGGGUUAUGCUGUUUAAUUAAAGCGUCUCCGCAUGAGGACAUUGACGACUGGAUGUUGGUUGGGUUAAUCAUGACUGGUACAUGUCCCACUACAAUUGCAACGAAUGUGACAAUGACAAUGAAUGCGGAUGGGAACGAGCUUCUGGCUAUCUGUCAAGUAUUUAUCGGCAAUUUGCUUGGAGCGUUUAUUACACCAGCGCUUGGGCAGCUCUACACGACUAGUGGGCCUUUCAAAUUUGGGAAUCCUGCCAAUGGUUCUUCGGUGAAGCUAUUAUAUGCUAAAGUGCUGAAAAAGCUGGGACUUUCUGUGUUUUUACCCUUAAUUGUAGGCCAGGUGCUUCAAAAUAUGUUCCGUAAACGAGUUGCAUGGUUAGUCAGAACGUUUCGCUUCAAAAAACUCAGCUCCCUUGCCCUAUGGCUCAUCAUUUUUUCUUCGAUGUCAACUAUAUUUGAGCAGAAGGUCUUUAAUGCUGUUUCGAAGAUUUCCAUAAUAUUCUUGGUAUUCUUCAACCUCGGACUGGCAAUUCUUUUCUUAGUUAUAAGCUAUUGUUUGGCUCGUCCAUGGCCAAUAAAGAAGUGCUUUCAAAAAAAGCCAGAUGAGUCUUCUGCGAAGUCUUAUAAGUUUUGGUACCACUUUCUAACGCCAUUUUAUUUUAAUAGAAGAGAUACCGUUGCGAUGAUUUUCUGUGGCGGAGCCAAAACCGCUGCCCUCGGUGUAUCGUUAAUUACCUCACAAUACGGCGAGCAAUUCGAAAAUGUUGGGAAGUUAUUACUCCCAUUGAUCAUUUAUCCCAUAGAACAGAUCCUUGUUGCUAGCAUCUUGGUGUCACCACUGAAAAGGUGGUGUUAUGUGGAAAAAGAAUCUGCAGAAGACUCAGAGGAUUUUCCUUCGGACGAUAUAGAGCAUUAUAGCCCACAUGAUACAGUAAGUUCAGCAGAGAACCACACGUUGCACUCCGUAACCCUUCCUCCUGGGCAUCCCCCGGAUUUCUUCUAUCCUGACAACAUGGAUGCACAAACACUGCAUAUGAAAUAA